AUGGCACCAACAAAACCCUCCAAAGACUCCAAGAAAUCUUCCAAACCCCUCUCCUCGUCCUCAAAAGUCUCGAAGAAUAAAGAUGCAAAGCGCCCACCUCCCAAAGAAGUCAAGGCCAAAGCCCGCACCGAGCCGUCCCUAUUGAAGAAGAAGCAGAAGCGCGAGUAUACCGAGGAGGAAUUGGACCUGCCGAAGUUGAAUAUGAUCACGCCCGCGGGUGUUGUUAAGCCGAAGGGCAGGAAGAAGGGGAAGAAGUUUGUUGAUGAUGCGGAGGGUAUGAUGACGAUUAUGGCGAUGGUCAAUGCGGAUAAGGAGGGACAGAUUGAGUCGAAGAUGAUGAAGGCUCGUCAGUUAGAGGAGAUCCGGCAAGCGAGGAUUAAGGAGCAAGAGGCAAGGCAGGCGCAAAAGAAGUCCAAGUUGGAUAAUGCCAAAGAGUCGAUCCGCAACAAGAAGCGCAAGUCCGAUGACAAAGAGGAUUCGAAAUCCAAGUCUACAACAGAAGACAGUUCGUCGAAGAAGGGGAAGAGGAAGAGCGUUGCUUUUGCUUGA